AUGUUGCACCCCCUAACUCACCUUCCCUCCUCUCUCCCGCCAAAAACCCUAACCGACCUCCACUCCUUCUCCCCCUUCUUCUCCUUCCCCAAACCCCCCAAACCCUCCCAAUUCACCAUCCGGAGCUCCGCCGCCGACUCCAAAACCCUCGCCGCCAAUUCCGCCAUCCAACGAAUCGCGGAGAAGCUCCGCAGCCUCGGGUUCACCGAAGACAACAAUAAACCCGACUCCAAACCCGGCCCAAGCUCCGCCGGCGAAAUCUUCGUCCCUCUGCCGGAGACUCUCCCCAAGUACCGCGUCGGCCACACUAUCGACCCGAGCUGGAGCACGCCGGAGAAGCCGGUCCCGGCGCCGGGGACCGGGAGGGCGAUUUCGAGGUUUCAUGAGAUGAGGAGGGAGCUGAAGAGGCUGGAGGAGGUGGAGGAGAUGGAGAGGAAGAAGGAGGGGAAGAAGAAGGAGGAGAAGGUGCCAACGUUGGCGGAGAUGAGCUUGUCUACGGCGGAGCUGAGGCGGUUGAGGACGGUUGGGAUUGAGCUGAAGAAGAAGGUGAGAGUUGGGAAGGCUGGGAUUACUGAGGGGAUUGUGAAUGGGAUUCAUGAGAAUUGGCGGCGGUCGGAGGUUGUGAAGCUUGUUUGUGAGGAUUUGUGUAGGUUGAACAUGAAGAGGACUCAUGACUUGUUGGAGAGGAAAACUGGAGGGUUGGUUGUUUGGAGGUCAGGAGCGAAGAUAAUUUUGUAUAGGGGGGUGAACUAUAAGUAUCCUUACUUUUUAAAGGGUAAAAAGCGUGAAGAUUCGACAAGUGAUGAUUCUGGUGAUGCGGUAGUUAAUGCUGGAGGAACCGAUGAAGCAAACUCUGUGACAGGACCAAGUCCAACUGAUGAAAAAACUCAGCCAGCCUUAAUACAAGGGGUUGGUUUGGCAAAUAGGUUUCGGUUUCAGCUUCCAGGCGAGGCAGAACUUGCUGAAGAAGCUGACCGCAUGUUAGAGGGACUUGGUCCGCGGUUUAAUGAUUGGUGGGGAUAUGAACCUCUACCGGUUGAUGGGGACCUUCUACCAGCUGUUGUACCUGGAUACAGGAAGCCUUUCCGACUUCUUCCGUAUGGCUUGCAACCUAAGCUAACAGAUGAUGAAAUGACCACAAUAAGGAGACUUGCCCGACCCUUGCCAACUCAUUUUGCAUUAGGAAGAAACAGAAAGCUUCAAGGGUUGGCUACGUCCAUUGUCAAACUCUGGGAAAAAUGUGAGAUUGCCAAAGUAGCUGUUAAAAGAGGGGUUCAGAACACUAAUUGCGAGCUGAUGGCUGAAGAGUUGAAGAGGCUGACUGGAGGAACUCUGAUUGCUCGGGACAAGGAAUUUAUUGUUUUAUACAGGGGAAAGGAUUUUCUGCCUCCUGCAGUUUCCUCUGCCAUAGAAGAGCGGAGGAAGGCUGUAAUGUAUGCAGAUAAUCGGAGUAGGAAGUUGAGGAUUUCUGCCACAACGGCACAGGAUCAUGAAUCCAGGACUGAACUGGAAACCAAAGAUGAUCUGACCGGUGGUCUUCCAUCUGAAAAAAGAAAGCUAAAAUCUACUGAGGCAGCUGCCAGUAGGGCCAGCAUUAAAUUGUCCAUGGCUUUAGAAAAGAGGGAAAAAGCAGAGAAACUUCUAGCGGAGCUGGAGAAAGCAGAGAGUCCCCAGCAACCUGAAAUAGAUAAAGAAGGUAUAACUGAAGAGGAAAGAUAUAUGCUAAGGAAGGUUGGCUUGAAAAUGAAGCCUUUCCUACUAAUGGGUCGACGAGGAGUAUUUGAUGGGACAAUUGAAAACAUGCAUCUCCAUUGGAAAUAUAGGGAGCUCGUGAAGAUUAUUUGUAAUGAGAAAAGCAUUGAAUCUGCUCACCAAGUAGCACAAACUUUAGAGUCCGAAAGUGGUGGGAUUCUUGUGGCAGUGGAGAGAGUAAGUAAGGGUUACGCAAUCAUCGUGUACCGUGGAAAAAAUUAUAUCCGGCCUGCUAAUUUGAGACCUCAAACACUUCUGACUAAACGAGAAGCACUGAAGCGUUCUAUUGAGGCACAGCGUCGUGAGUCCUUGAAACUUCAUGUUUUAAAGCUUAACAAGAACAUAGAUGAAUUGGAGGAAUUGGUGGUUAAAGGCAAGGACUCAAACAAUAUGCAUCCAGUUAAUGAAUCAAAGGAAUUGGUCAGGGAGGAGGUAAAUAAUGUUGAAUCAGAAGAAUGUAUGCAUGAAGAGAAUCUCAAGGCUAGAGGCAAACAAGAAUCUCAUGUGACCAACAUGAAUUUAAAUGAUGGAAUGGUUGCUGUUGUGAAAGGCCACUUAGCCACACAACAGGGUGAGGGGUAUGGUCUCUCUUCAAGUUGUGAUGGAGAGGAGACUGAUGAAGUGGAAUCAAGGUCUUCGAAUGGAUCAGUUACGAUUGAAUCCCAGGAAAAUUUGUUCAAUAAUGUAAAAGGAGAAGUUGGAAUAUUGAACAAGGCUAGAGACAAACAAGAACUUGAUGGUAUAGAUGCGGAUGCGGAUUUAUUUGAUGGAAUGAGUCCUGUCAUAAAUGGCCAGUUAGCCACACAGCAAGGUAAGGAGAUUACUUUCUCUUUGGCCUACGAUGAGGAUGGGCCUGGUAAAGUUGAAUCAGUAUCUUCAGAUGAAUCUGUUACAAGUAAAACCCAAGUGGAUUUGUUCGAAGAUAUAAAAGAAGAAGCUGGAGUGUUUAUCAAUGCUAGAGAUAACCAAGAUUCGCAGGUGACUCAGAUGGAUUUAAAUGUUGGAACGGGUGCUGUAGUUAACAGCCAAUUAGCCACUCAACAGGAUAAGGAGAUUUUCUCUUUUAUCUGUGAUGAGAAUGAGAGUGGUAAAGUCGAUCCAGGAUCUUCGGUUACAAUUGAUUCCAAUGCAACUUUCUUCAAGGAUAGAAAUAGAGAAGUUGAAGGUUAUGUUUGCCGUGAAGAUGUUAUGUCAAAAGGUCCAAGCAGUUCUGCUAUUCUUGACAAUCAGCAUCGUGUUUUUGAUUAUGAGCUGGAAUCAUCAGGUAGAUCUGGUAAUACUAAAUCAAAAUCUCCAGUUCCAACAAUGGUAAGAAAGACAUUAAAUGAGAUGCCCUCGAGAGCUGUGCAUUUGUCCAACAGUGAGAGGCUUCUACUGCGAAAGCAAGCCCUGAAGAUGAAAAAACGCCCUGUGCUUGCCGUUGGUAGGAACAAUAUUGUAACUGGUGUUGCGAAAGCAAUCAAAGCGCACUUCGAGAGGUAUCCUCUUGCCAUAGUAAAUGUCAAAGGCAGAGCAAAAGGAACUUCAGUAAGGGAAAUUGUUUUUAAGCUGGAGCAAGCAACAGGUGCGGUUUUAGUCUCCCAGGAGCCAAGCAAAGUUAUUCUUUACAGGGGUUGGGGUGCAGGAGAUAGUCCUGGAAAUAAUGAUAAGAAGAACACAAUUGGGAAAAAGGUUGCUCCUGUGUCUCCUGAACUCUUGGCAGCAAUAAGACUCGAGUGUGGUUUACAGAACCACGAAAAGGAAGAUGCAACUGCUUAGGUUGGAUCCUAAGCUUGUACCAGAAGUUACCAACUGCAGAGACCAUGCACAUACAAUACCUAGUUAGCAAGAAUUCACAUUCAUUCACAUCAUCAACUUGAGCCUGAACAUAUCCGGAAACUCAUCUACCCCUUUUGGCAUCUCCAAUCCAGGAAUCUAUGAGAUCAUAUCUUCGGAAGAUUCAACAAGCAUCGGUAUGACUUGUAUGCUAAAUAGAUUGUACCCUAUCUGUAUAUAGAAUGCUGUCUUGACAUAUUCAGUGGCUGAUCUGCUACAUUGGAAAUCAGAGAGCUUUGUUUUGGGGUCAAAAUGAGGGUAAUUCACUAUGCACCCUUCUGUAUGUUAAUCUUGAACAUUUUUGUAAACAUACCUAGAGACUGAAAUAGAAGCACCUGUUCUCUCAUCCUAGAGUAAGGUUAGCCAAAAACUCCUGGUAAGGUCGGUCAGGUGC